CUUUGCGUUUUGUAUUUUGCGGAAAGGGUGCAGUUAGUAUAGAUUUGGAGUUUGCGCUGAGCGCAUUAUUUACCAGACGCUUGGAUCAACUAGAGCGUGAUUACUUUGAUGCAUUGGUAGUUGCAGUUUGUGUAUGUUUGUGACAGGAAAAAAAAAAAACUAUUAUAAGGAAGAAAACAACUAAAUAUUAAAGAAAAUUACUUAGCGGACAAACAAUUUUCACCCCAAAUUUGAUUUUCAUUUAAUGUAAACAUGGCGAGCGAUCCUCCAGUUCGAAGUCUGAAGGAAAUCGACUUUAACAAUUUAAGGGACCCUGUGGGAAUCUUUGAGAUGAUGCAGAGAGUAGGCAAUGGCUCAUACGGUGAAGUGUACAAGGGUCGACAUGUAAAGACAGGCCAACUUGCUGCCAUCAAGACCAUGGAUGUGACAAAGGACCAGGAAGAGAUGAAGGCUGAGAUUAACAUGCUGAAAAAGUACUCCCACCACCGCAAUAUCGCUACCUUCUAUGGAGCCUUUAUCAAGAAGAACCCACCAGGGAUGAAUGACCAACUCUGGCUGGUGAUGGAGUUCUGUAGUGCAGGCUCCGUGGCAGACCUGAUUAAGAACACCAGAGGCAACUCUCUGAAAGAGGAGUGGAUAGCCUACAUCAGCAGGGAAAUCCUCCGGGGUCUAGCACAUCUUCACCAGCAGAAAGUAAUCCACAGAGACAUCAAAGGCCAGAAUGUGCUACUCACAGAGAAUGCUGACGUCAAGCUAGUGGACUUUGGUGUGAGUGCUCAGCUCGACUGCACAGUCAGUCGCAGAAAUACGUUUAUUGGCACCCCCUACUGGAUGGCACCAGAAGUGAUUGCCUGUGAAGGCAACACACGGGCAGCCUACGACUGUAAGAGUGAUGUGUGGUCACUGGGAAUCACAGCCAUUGAGAUGGCUGAGGGAGCCCCACCUUUGUGUGGUUUGCACCCCAUGAAGGCUCUGUUCCUCAUUCCCAGAACUCCAGCUCCCAAACUCUGCUCUAAGAAGUGGUCGAAGACGUUCCGGUCAUUCGUUAAGAGUUGCCUGGUGACGGACCACACACAAAGGCCCAGUGCAGAAGAGCUGCUGAAUCACCCAUUCGUACACCUCCUGUCCAACGAGUAUCAGAUCCACAUCCAGCUCAAAGACCACAUCGACUGCACCAAGAAGAAGAGAGAAGGAAGUGAAGAGGAAAUGGACGAGCAUGAAAUGCAGCAACUGGGGAAGCAGAAGAGUGGGGAGCCCCCACAACAGGCACUCAGGCUGGAAGAGCAACAAAGGCAUGAGCAGCUGAAGCAGAAGGAGAGAUGUUUCCAAGAAAGGAGAGGGCAUAGGAGGCAGGCGGAGCUAGACCAGGAGUAUAAGCGCAAGUAUACGGAGGAGCAGUUGAGAUUGAAGAGGCUGCAGCAGGAAAGAGCCAACCUCACUCCCAUUCAUCAACAACAACAGCAGCAGCAGGACUCCAGGCUGGGCGAGAAACAGAAGGCUGCCUGUGCCAAAGAGGGACCCAACACUAACUCUUCCCCCCAAUUCUUGGAACAUCAGAGCCUCCCCAAGGCUUACGUCUGCCCCACCCGCCACAGAUCUGACUUGAGCCCCAUAAACAUGCCCAAGUCCACGCAGCGGCUACAGCAGCGCGGCCGAGUUAAUGCCCCCAAUCGGCCACUUCCCUCCAUCAGCAUCUCCGGGCAGGACGUUCAGGGCCCCAAGCCCUCAGCCCUGCAGCGCGGCUUGAAAUUGCACCACCUGAGCGCCCAGCAGGCAGAGAGGUUACGAGGCCGCAGCCCGGGCCCCCUGCCCUGCAAAGGGGUGAACCUGCAGAGCUCGCAGGCCCUGCGGCACAAAGCCACUAACCGUAUUUCUGACCCGGCCCUGCCCUCCCACGCUGACUCCUUUAUCAGUCAUGGUCUGCAAGGAGCCCGUAUCCCCACCCUGCACAGGCCCACGGAUCCGCAGCUGGCCCACCGCUUGGCUAGGAAGUCUUGCAGUUCCUCCCUGAUGGGUUCUCCAUUUGUGAAUGAGCAGUCUAAGGUUGUGGCAGCCUUCCAGGAGCCUUGCAAGUUGCCCCAGCGGAGCUUGAACUGCAUGUCCAAGACACGUCCUGUGCCUGUUCCCCCUUCUGGUUAUGAGGAGAAGGUUGACCACAGCACCCCCUGGCUGGUGGAGGGAUAUGUCACACCCAAGCUGUGCAAUGCUGCCCAGGUGACCCGGCCAGCCACCUCCAUCUCCACGGCUGUGCCGAGGAAGAGCUCUCCCGGAGACGGAACAAGCAGAGGUGGCGAGCUUGUGCCUCGGACAUCCUCUCAGCUCCCUCUCGUAAGUAGUUCACACCUGAGUGGUACAGAGCUGUCCCUGAACAUGACUUUGCAGAGGAGCAGCAGUUCCAGCUCCUCCACCUCCACCUCCAGCACACCAAGCUCCCAGGAAGAGUCUUGCCCAGGUCCUGCUAAAAUGGAGGGCUCUCCGUUGGUGUGUCAGGAAGCCCCGAAACCCCAACAGGAAGAAAGGCAGGAGAGGAGCAGGAUGAGCUGCCCUAUGGAUCUGACUGCUUUAGCCAAAGAAGUGCACGAGUUGCGAGUAGAUGAGCUAAACAGGCCCCCAACCAAAGCUACAGACUAUUCUUCCUCUAGUGAGGAGUGGGAGAGCAGUGAGGAUGAGGAUGGUGAAAAUGUGGGCCAUAAUGGAACUGUGCCAGUCAGUGACAUCCCUAGGAUCAUGCCAUCUAUGCAGGGUGAGUCUUACUCCAUCAACAGUGAUGACUCCUACACUGGUGAUUCUAAACUUCACACGUUGGUCACAAGGCAGGCUGAUGAGCCAACUUCCCCAGCCCAUGGUGAGAGUAAUGGGUUUGUGGGUCAGGGGAACCUGCCAGACCUGGUGCAGCAGAGCCACUCCCCAACUGAACCUCAACUUCCAGACCUCCAAGCCCAGGAGUUGAGCUCCAAAGAGGAGUAUGGACUGAGUGGUACAGCCAAAGCCUCCUUCACACCAGUUGCAGACCCUUGUGUGCAUCAGAUCUCCCCCACACAUGACGAUGAGACCUCAGAAGGAGCCCUGUUUGCUAAUGAGUUCCUGCAUCAGGAGCAGGCCAAACUCAGUGAGGCGCGUAAGAUCUCUGUGGUGAACGUCAAUCCCUCCAACACCAGAACCCACAGCGAUACACCGGAGAUCCGCAAGUACAAGAAACGCUUCAACUCUGAGAUCCUGUGUGCUGCUCUGUGGGGUGUGAAUCUACUGGUGGGCACGGAAAAUGGCCUGAUGUUGUUGGACCGGAGUGGGCAGGGAAAGGUGUACAACCUCAUCACCCGGCGCCGCUUCCUGCAGAUGGAUGUGUUGGAGGGCCUCAACGUGCUUGUCACCAUCUCAGGUAAGAACAACAAGCUGCGUGUGUACUACCUGUCCUGGCUAAGGAACAGGAUAUUACACAACGACCCCGAGGUGGAGAAGAAGCAAGGUUGGAUCACUGUGGGGGAGCACGACGGCUGUAUGCAUUACAAAGUCGUGAAAUAUGAGAGGAUCAAAUUCCUGGUGAUUGCAUUGAAGAACUCGGUUGAAAUUUACGCCUGGGCUCCCAAGCCGUACCAUAAAUUUAUGGCUUUCAAGUCAUUUACAGAGCUGCAGCACAGACCUCAGUUGGUGGAUCUGACUGUGGAGGAAGGUCAAAGGUUAAAGGUGAUCUACGGCUCCAAUGUGGGCUUUCAUGCCAUUGACGUGGACUCUGGAAAUCCCCAUGACAUCUAUAUCCCAUCCCAUAUCCAGAGCAGGGUGUCUCCUCACGCUAUUGUGGUAUUGCCUAAAACAGAAGGGAUGGAGAUCCUAUUGUGUUAUGAGAACGAGGGCGUUUAUGUCAACACACGGGGCAGGAUCACAAAGGACGUGGUGCUGCAGUGGGGAGAGAUGCCCACCUCUGUUGCCUACAUCCACUCCAACCAGAUCAUGGGCUGGGGAGAGAAAGCCAUAGAGAUCCGUUCUGUGGAAACGGGUCACCUGGAUGGGGUCUUCAUGCACAAGCGAGCCCAGAGGCUUAAAUUCCUGUGUGAAAGGAACGACAAGGUGUUCUUCACCUCUGUGCACUCGGGCGGAAGCAGCCAGGUCUUCUUCAUGACAUUGAACAGGACCUCCAUGAUGAACUGGUGAAGCCUCUCAAUUGCUGCUGCGUCAGAGCCUUAUCUCCUUUUAACACUGCACCUGUGAACUCUUUCUCCAUUCAAACUGAGCUCAGAAACAGGCCAGCGCUCCCUUGAGCAGAGAGGGGUCCCAGAGCUGCAGAUUUAAGCCAGCAGUAUGUGGACUCACAGCGCUGCCACAACAUGCUCCUGGAACCUGUGAAGUCACUUUUCUGACCUAUUUGACAGUUCUAUCCAUUGUUUGCAUGAUUGUAAUAUUGGGCAAUUUUAAA